GAGUCGCUACGCCCUGCCUACCACCGAGCUGCAUGGUCUUUUACUGUUGCCUUGGCAGCCCGUCGACCCCUCUAUGGACCUUCUGGUACUUCUUCGGAUCUUACGAAAAGAGAGAUCUCGAAUGCCAAGAAAUCCCCACAGCUGAGCAAAUGCUUUGCAGUGGUGGAAUACAGAGGCGACUGGAAGUAUCACUUAGAGACUUGGUCAUUGCAGCGGCAUUGGAAGCGACCCAAGAUUUGCAUUAAAUGCAACGCAGCUCGACUUUCCAGCGCUGGUCCUGUCUACACCAACUUUGGGUUCUCUUGGAGGAGGUACAGCUUCAAUGACAUCGUUUGCAAUGGCAUGGGUGCAAACCCGUCUCCGCUGAUCCUCAUUCCUGGGUUCCAUAGCGAUAUCAUUCGCUUUUGCUCGAUGCACACGCUUAAUUUGGGCAUUCUUCAGACCAUGGUCGCCGAAUGCAUCUUGUGGUUGUGCGAAAACGAUGUAUAUGCUGGUGACACUCUGGAUGUUCAGUUGCAGAACUCUUACAACGACUUCAAAGCCUGGUGUCGUCGAGAACGAGUAAACUGCUCCCAGAGGCGUUUCAAGCAGUCAUCGUUCCACUUGAAAGCGGAUGACUAUCCCUGGAUGAACUGCAAGGCAUACAACUGCCGAUGCAUGUUGGG